UGGCAGCCGCCCAGCCCCCUCACCUGCACAGCCGGUGAAGAAGAUGCUCUUCCCGCUCCGCACGGCGCCCAGGACCGCCUCCUGCUCCGCCGAGAGCCUGGCCGGGGGUCGCCUCUCCGCGCGGGGCACCUGCGGGAUCGGGCGGCGGCUGCUGUGAGACCGGGGCCGGGAGCCGGCAACCGGGGCCGCCCCCCUCGCCCCGGGACUCACCUCGGCAGGGCGCUCUCCCCGCGCCUCGCCGCCGUGGGGGCGGCCGGGGCCGCGCAGCAGGUCUCGCUCCUGCAGCGGGCUGAUAACGGCGAAGGCCGGCGGCGGCCGGUCCAGCAGCCGGGGGAGGCGGCGUGCGCCCCGCGGCCCGGCGGCGACCUUCAGCCGCAGGAGACGGAGGAAGCGGCGCAGCGCGUCUGGGGGACAGUCGGACAGCAGCACCUGGGCGCCGCUCGGCCCCACCCGCACGGCCGCCCGCCCGUCGCCCGCGAACCGCGUGAAGAGCCGCACGGUGUCACCAGCCAGCACGAAGCUCAGCACCGCCGCCCCGCCGUUACCGACCACUCGCAGCACCGGCUGCCGCAGCUCGUUGCGGCCCAGCAGCACCAUCGCGCCCCGCAUCAGGCGGCGCCGCGGGGCUUCUCCGCCCGGCAGCGGCUGCUCCACGGCCACGGUGCAGCGCAGCUCCGCGUCCUCCAUCCUGCCACCGCCUCCGCCGCACCGGUCAUUCAAACCCGCCGCGUGCAGCCGCCGCCAAUCAGCGCCGGGGGCUUUAACUCGGCGGCCAAUAGGAAGCGGGAAGGGACUGGGAACGCCAGCCGGGCCAAUCAGCGGCCUCGUGGAGAUCACGUGAGGCGUUGCCAGGCUACGGGACGCCCGGCGGUGCCAUGGCCGCCCGCAGCGCGGGGAAGCAGCCGCCGGAUCCGGUGCGGCAGAACCGGCUCCUCUGCGAGCGGGUGCGGAAGGAGCUGCAGUACCAGGGGCUGCACACGCAGUACGGCGUGAACCCACUCCGCCGCGUUCACACGAUCACCAAGAAGCCUAUGUCUUGGCAUGAUAAUAUAGAAGAGCCAGCAGAUGCCAGGUUUCUGAAUCUUAUUCACCAUGCAGCACUGGAGCCAACAAAGAAAUAUUCAGAGCCACAAACUGAAAGCCAAGAAAUUGGCUGGAACACAACACCUUUGGUUCAUGUGGACCGUACUGAUUGCAGACUCUACUUCCCACGCCACAGAACUGAGAUCACUAAGUAAAUGGCCGCCAUGGGCACGGGGAGGAGCAGUCGGAGAACCUGCAGUAGCAGAGUGGCAAAGCCACACAACUGAAAAGAGGCAGUUAAUGACAUCUAAUGUGUUAGGCCUUGCUUGUUAUUAGGUGAGUCUGGUAGAUUUCUGGCAAGAGAAGACAGCGAGAAAAGGAAAGAGAGAACCUCAAGUCUGUCCAGAUUUGUAGCCUGACAAUAGUCACAGAAAUAAACCGAUUUGUAAGAUU